CUUUCACUCUUUUUCUCUGACAGCCAUCCCCUGGAGAGCCGAAGUAGAGGACUGUAGCGUGUGCCUCGCGAUAGGAGGCCUUUCCACCGAGGUGCGGCUCUUUGCCCUUUCAGACUCUGAAGUCUCACGGGAAUUGAAGGAGGGAUCAGUUAGGGGAACUGAGUGUGAGCAGCCCGAGUUUACGGAGGGUCCAGACGCACGAGUAGCACAACCCGGAAGCGGCCGGUCUCGGAGCUGUCCUGGGUUCUCGCUGCAGCCGCUGCCGCCCGGCGACUUUCGGCGCUUCGGAGCCGCUGCCCCUCAUCCGCUCCGGGCCGAGCCCCAACUCCUCACCACAGCCAUGUCAUCAGACUUCGAAGGCUACGAGCAGGACUUCGCGGUGCUAACCGCGGAGAUCACCAGCAAGAUCGGCAGGGUGCCCAAACUCUCUGCAGAUGAGAAGAAACAGAUGGUUGCUAAUGUGGAGAAACAGCUAGAAGAAGCAAAAGAACUGCUUGAACAGAUGGACCUAGAAGUCCGAGAGAUCCCUCCACAGAACAGAGGAAUGUAUACCAGUAGAAUGAGGAGCUACAAGCAAGAAAUGGGAAAGCUUGAAACAGAUUUUAAAAGGUCACGGAUCGCCUACAGUGACGAAGUACGGAAUGAGCUCCUAGGGGAUGAUGGGAAUUCCUCCGAGAACCAGAGGGCACAUCUGCUCGAUAACACAGAGAGGCUGGAAAGGUCAUCUCGGAGACUAGAGGCUGGAUACCAAAUAGCAGUGGAAACCGAGCAAAUUGGCCAGGAGAUGUUGGAAAACCUCAGUCAUGACAGGGAGAAGAUACAACGUGCUCGGGAAAGGCUUCGAGAAACAGAUGCUAACUUGGGAAAAAGUUCUCGGAUCUUGACAGGAAUGUUGCGAAGGAUCAUCCAAAACCGUAUUUUGGUGGUUAUCUUGGCAAUCAUCGUGGUCUUCACCAUCCUGACGGCUAUUUUUAUUUCUGUCAAAGGACACUAAUGUAUCUGCUCUUCCCUGAUAUACAGCACCACACGCCUUGUUCUGAGUAAUUAAGACAAAGUGGUCACAUGAAUCAUCUCUUUGCACUGACAGGCCCGAGUCCCCUUCUCCCCCACUCUUGCCGCUGUUCAACUUUGGUGCAAGGAGUGUAAAAGAUGUUUCCUAUUCUUGAUUGCAUGUGGGGUAUUUCUCCUCCUGCUGAUGUCUUCACAGAGAUAUUUUUUGAGAAGCUUAAUUUGUCUUGAAAAAAUUUCACUGAAUGAUCAAAAUAGUAUUUGUCAAAUUCCUUCUCUAACCUAUGAAAACAGAAAAGGCCAAGUUGUUGGGGAUGAGGGAGGUGAUGGUAUUAUUGGAGGAAUAGGGGAAAAAGGGAGGGGAACACAGAUAUGAGUUAUUUAAUGCUUCCAUCAGCUUGUGUUGGUUGUCAGAACCCUUGUUCUGUUUGUCAGAACCCUUGUUGUAUAUGCCUUUCUGUGGUGUCCAGAUGUACAAGUGAAGAAGAAACCAGGUGAUGAAAAAAGUGAGUUUCUCUUAAGAACCAAUCCAGUUCAUGAGAGAAGAAGGAGAAGGAAAAAGGAGCAAACCUCUGGCUUAAUUGUAAAGGAGGCUGUAGAAUGUGGGCUGUGUAGUAAAUUGACCUACAGCUUUCCCUGUUUUUCUAUUGAAUAUAUUUUUACUAAAAUUGCCUAAUAUCUACUUUUUACAACUUUCAUUACUGGCUGUGAGACGGGUUUCUUUGCUUCGUAAGAGCUCAGACUUCCUCAUAUUUCCUAGCAAGAUGAGGCCUUGCACAACAUUUAAUUGUGACCUGGGCAUUCCAGACCAAUUUAAUCAUCUCUCUAUCUUUCCAGUUUUAAUAUUUGUGCUGCCAAGCGCAGCCCCUAGUAUAAGUAAAAGGUCUGACAAGGUUCUCUCCAUAUCCAUUUCCGUAUGUAAAGAGAACAUGAAUAUUUCAGUAAGAGGGAGAACAUGACUCCAUUAGUGUGAAAUUUCAAAUGUGAUUAUAAAUAUGAUGAUGUUCUGUAGUAAGAAAGACUUGAAUAAACUUUAUCUGAAACAUCCACUAGCCUCCUUGAAAACAGUGAAUUAUAAUAGAAUACAGAAAAGGAGGGGUCAGGGAGAGUCAAUGUUUAGCUGAUGGUUUGACUAACCGAUAAUUCUCAAAACCUUCCUGAAUUGGAUAUUUGUUCAGAUUUGUAAUUUGAUUUGUGAUUUUGAAUUUCUUUUUCUGAAGUCCUGGGGAUUGUGGUUGAAAUGAGUUCAUUUGUAAUCAGGCUUAAAGUUGUUCAAGCGAAGAUUGUGAGAUAGGUUGUUGUAUUUUUCCCAGCCACAAAGCAAAAGGUGUUUUUAUUACAGCUUCCUAGGCUGCCUUUGAAUAUACUUGGAAGCUUCAGAGUCCUGGAAAUCAAACCUGUUGUCUCUCAUAAAAAUGUUUAAUAACUUGUGUGCCCGGCCAGCAGUCACCUGGCUGGAUCAUUUGCCUUUUUUUUUCCCCCCCAAACUAACUCAGAAGAGAACUAUUAUCAUUUAGAAAGGAAAUGCAGGGAUGCAAGGAUGGUGAAAUUCACCAGAGAAAUGGUACUUAUUUAAGCAGGUUAGGGCAUGCAUAUGUUCCGAUAAAUCAUUUAGUAUUGUGUAAAUAAAGCUGCAGCCUCUCCUUGGGAAUGAUGGUGAGGGAAUAAGAUGGAGUGAAGUGGGACCUGGAGAAGGAAUGGAAGCCUGUGUUAAUUUUCCUAUCAGCUUUAGGAAUCCAUCUGGUCAUGAAUCUUUUAUUCAGAUUACAAAAAUCUGUUAGCACUAAAAACGUUGUAGAAAUCAUUUUUUAAAAACACUCCUUUCUGUUUGGAGUGCUAAUAGUAUGGCUCUAAUAGCAUGUCCUUUCUAGUGUUCAUUCAGAUCUGUUGAUCUUAAAGUAUACAUCUACUUAUCUAGUUACCUAAGCAUGCACCAGUACCUCACAGUGGCUUCUGGAUCCACCAAGUGAGCCCAAUCAAUUUUGUAAUCCAGAUUUUUAAGCUCUAAAUUAUCUCCCUUAAACCUAUAAUUCAUGUUAAAGUCACUGCUAUGAGAGAGGGAAUAGAGUACUAACUUUUCAAGGACUAGUUGCCUUUUGCCCGUGUCACUGUCAGUAUGUGCUGUUGACCAAACUUCAUUUCUGCACUUUGGCAGGGGUAUCAAAGUUGAACAGACACGCCUCACCAGCUCCCUUUCCUUCUGUAAUGACCCCCCUGUGGUAAGGCAAGCCCGUUUGUCUCUAGGGAGAGUUGGGAUGAAGUAGAUUUGGAGGAUCUCUUGAACUCCCCCAACAUGACCCUUGAAUAGAUGUUGGAAAAAUUGAGAAGAAAAGGACCCUCCAGAGGGCAUAUUCCCUCACCUCCCAUCCCUCCCCAGAUUUGGGUAUUCCCACAUUUGCCGGAAGUAGCUUGUCAAAUUUGAAGCAGGUCUUGGAUCUGUGAAUGAUUCUAAGUACUUACAAAUGUAAGCCUCAAAGAGUCGAAUGUUUCUAAUGUCGGUUGCCUUUGUUGGAAAUGAUGCAUGGGAGAAAGGGGGGUGCGGUAUAUUACUGUGUAAAAUUCAUGCAGACUAAAACCGUUUCCCUGACAGAAUAAAUAAAACGCUGUUACCCUGAUCCAAAAUCAAAAGCAAUUUAAUUAAAGACGCUUAAGUUUUAAAGAGUUUUAAAUGCUCCACAUUGAGGGAAAAUAUCUAAAAAUGCAGCGGGCCUGACGUCAGUUCCCAUCCCGGGGCUGGAAGGCCAUUUGCUAUUCUGUUUAAGGCAGGCUGGAUUGUCUUAUUUUGGAACUAGCUUGGUGGGGGGUUUGCUUUGCUCCUGCUUCUGAGCCCCGAGCUUCAAAGGCAGAAAUUAAUGGUGAACAAAAUUGUGCAGCUCUGACCAUCCCAUGCGGGGCAAACCCAUUGAGGGUUAUCAUUAAGUAAAGAAAUAAAGAGGAAGAAACCCUGCCCGGUCCAAAAAACCUCAUCAGAUAAUGACCUCAGUGAUUGGGUUUUCAUUACCAAACAGCAUCCAAAGAUUGCCUACCCCAUGGAAAAAAAAAAGGAAAGAAAAGAAAAAAAGAAAGAAAGAAAGAAACAGAAACUGUCUUCUCUCUCUCCCUCUUCUUCUUCUUCUUUUUUUUUUUUUUUGCACAUCUUUUCUUUAAAACUGUCAGAUCAUUUCAGUAUUUCAAAUCCGAGGAAAACAGCCUGCCUGCUGCUGUAUUUGAAGUUGUAAUGGUGUCAAAAAGUCACGACUGACUGACAGCCGUCAGUCCCAGAGGAGCUCAUUAAAUCAUAAAAACUUGACAAGGAAAUAAUUGCGCAUCACCGGCAACUUGGCGCCUGUUUAGACGUUUUUAUUUUCUUUCAUUAUUAGUCCCCACCAUUACGUUCAUUAACAAAUUGCAUUAAACAACUGUUAAGGGCUAAUGAUUUGUUUAUCGCGGUUUUUUUUAUUAUUAUUAUUUAAACAUUAGCUGUGUCAUGUGGUACCUCAGCAGCCUCUUGCUAUCAUCUGACUGAAUAUUUUUUUUCCACUCAGAGCUCUGGGUACUGUUGGAAUAUGGAAUAGAUUAUUCAUUACCCUCCUCUUUGCCACUGAUUUGGUUUCAUGUAGCGUCUUCCACAGAGAAAGAUGAAAACUUGUCAAAAAUAGGUUAUAUCUUAUUCGAAGGGGCAACAAUAGCAGCAGGUACAGGCACACUUUAAUAUUUAAUUAAGGUAGAUGUUAACCCCUUUAAAUGACUUUAGCUGUAAGUUAGAUUCAAGUGCAAGAGAGGAAAAUAAUUGUUCUUAAUUUGCAACCUGUAUAGCGGGCAUCCUUCAUGGAGUUGGGAAGGAAAUUUGGAGCCUGAUUUUAAGUAAUGAAAUUUCCCGUCAUUUAACAUAUGUCCAUUUCCUGACGUAGCUGUGAAUUAACCACUUUCAUUCGGGUCCAAGCCAUAAUUUCCUUGUCUUUCUGUCUUAGAGGACUAGCCUAGGAGGGACCUUGAAUGCUGCUCUCUAGCCACAGUUUCCCAGGAGAAAGAAGGAGUUAGGUGUGAAAACCUAGGCCAGUGUUGCUGACUGCAGCAUAAGCUGGUUUGCAGAGAAAUGUGGUACUAUACAGCCUUGUUGCUCAAUUGUCUGCUGCUCUGCCCAAACAUGUAUUUAGAGCAACAUGGUCUAAAAUGAAGUAAGUGCUGAAAUCUGAAAGGCAGGCUUUUGUUUAGAAGGCUGUCUGGGGCCAGGCGUGAUGGGAGGGUGUCUCUGUGUAGUCGACCAUAGCUGAUUGCAAAUAAUGUUUCAAUAAUGGGUAACAGGAGCAAUGCUUUUCUGAGUUUGACCUUUUGGCCACUUUUUGACUAUGACUUGCUAUCAACGAAUUGAUCUGUCUUUCAGCAGGUACUAUACUUUUGGGGGGCCUAAGAAUAAAAAGCUGCGUCAUGGUAAAUCAGAGAACAAUUUAUGUUCAAAGACCAGGGCAUUUUUUCUGACUGCUGCAACUUACUGAAAGGGGGAGGGAGAGAGGAAAGGGUGUGAGAGAACCACUGUCUAGUGGGAUCUGAUGCAUCUAAAGAUUUCCUCUACCUCACCAGCUUAGCCCACUUGUACUCAAGGGAUCUGACCCAAAGGACCCAAAAGACCCAAAACAGUGACAGUUCAUGAGUAGAGCAAUGCUACCCCCAGGGAUGUGAAACAGCAUCAGAGUAGCAGAAUGGUUUGCUGUGUGAUCUCAGAUAUUGAGCAUCCAACUGAAAUAUUGAGUUCGAGUUUCAGCUCUGUUAUUAUUAGUUAAUUAUAUAGCCUGGGAAAGGCAUUCUCUUCUCAGUUUCCUUUUCUGUAAGUAAAAUGAGUUAAACUGGAUAUCCUUUUAGAUCCUUUCCAGAAGGAAUAAUCUGAUUCUACAUGAUACCUUUCCACAACUCUUAACUUUUUGGAACCUUUCUCUCAUGUCAUAUGAGCAUAAGCUACAAUAAAAAGAGGAUGAGAGAAGAUGGAAGACAAAACUCAGAUUAAAGGACAUUUUUUUGCUUCCCAUGCUUGAAAAGGCACAAAGGCACCAGUGUCACUCACAAAGAACUAGAUGCAAACAUUGCCCAUUCCCAAGACUUAAAGCUCUGUUACUAUCGAGAUACUAAAGGAACCCUAGAGGUAUAAGAUGGUCAUAUAAAUGCUAUUCACUUUGAAUUGAAUUGUUCAAUUUAUUAGAAGUAACAUGCAGCAGUAUAUCAAGGAGCUUUGAUGUAAAUGUGGGAAACCUCUUCAUUUUCUGACCAUAAUCCAAGUAAUAUCCCACCUACUAACUUAGCUAAUUAGUCUUAGACCUUUGCCUUACUUGUGGUCACACAAUCAAAAAGCAUUCAUUAAGCACCUACUAUGUGCUGGGCAAAGAUGAUUCAAAUAGAAAAAACAAACCAGGCCCAGUUCUCAUGGAGAAACUAGUAUCAAAGCAGAAUUCAGACCCAGCCCUUCUGACUCUUGGGAUGAUCUUCAAUCCAAUUCAACACACUGAUCUUUAUGAGAAAUAAUAUUCAGGUUAUAAUGCCUCAUCCUUUGUAUGAUACAUAGAGUAUACAUAGAGAUACAUAGAGUCACCAUCUAUAGGAUAUGUACUUUAAUCCAUAUAAGAUUGAUUUUGCACAGAGCAAUCUAGGCUCUCCUACUCAGUGAUAUUCCAUGAGAACAUUUACACACCGGGAGGCUAGCAUAAGGGAAAGUGGGGGAUAAAUUGCAUUCUGUGGCCCUUGAUCUUCAGCUUUUAACCUCUGGAGCUAAUAGGUCUCAAUCUAGUGGUACUGAUGAGGCUGGAAAGUAUACUCUUCUUUUCAGUGGAACUAAAGUAUAUAGUUUUGUUUUUACUAAUUUGUUACUUGUAUAGCAUGUUAGACACUGUUUAAAAAAAAAAAAAGUACCUGACCCUCUAGCAGGGAAGGUAGUAUUCAUCUUGUGGGUAUAAAGAUUUCAGAUGAGACUUCCUCUUUUUAAAAAUGGGUCAGGCUGUUGAGCAGUUGUUUUCAGCAAAGCUCUCAGAUAAGACUCUGAAACUAUCUUGGGGGACCCCUUGUAGAGUAGCCAGAGGCACAGCUGAUCCCCUAAGGGGCCUCAGUGAUAGUUCCUCAAUUUAGCAAUGAGGCUCUAGAGUCCAGAGGGGAAAAUAUCACCAAAAAGCUCACUCAGUUGGAAAAAGUCUACAGUGAGAUGUCCAAGAGAGCCAAUGGUUGGCAGCACAAUACCACCCUGCUCCCCCGCUAACUACCCCCUGCCUUUUUCUCUUACCAGUGUAAAGGUCUCUGUUGAGCCAGUUGGCAGGGGCGGGUUGGGUGUCACGUCUUGUGUAAACCCAAGAAAACACAUAUACACAAAACCAUGUUGGUAUAAUCAUGGCAGGGACAACAGAGAAAAAUAUUUCAUCAUCCUGAACCCACUGUGUUUUACUUGUCCUACAUAAAUAAUGAAGGCAUCGACAGAAAGGGGGGGAAAAAACGAAAAGGAGAGCUCUGUACUAUGAUUCAGUGAACUUGUGCACUCAGUCCUUCUCUUCAUCCAAACAACCGCCUUUGGCGUGAAUAAUAGCUUGGCUGAUAUGAAGCUUCGUAUUGAUCUGUUGCUCACAAAAAGUCCACUGAUAGUUACUUGGACUUUUCCUGAAGGUAUGACCAGCACAGUUCAACACUGUAUGCCUUCCAUCUCUAGCUUCCCCCAGAUGUGUUCAAUAGGGGACAGAUCCAGAGAGAACUGAGUAUGUUAUCUAACUCAACUUUGCUUUUCGGCCUCUUCUUUUUCUUUCUUUCUUUCUUUCUUUUUUUUUUUUAAGUCUGAAAAACUAAAAUCUGGCAGGGCAGAAAGCAAAAUGGAGAAUAUAUGAUAUCACUUCUUUAGGAAGGUACCUGCAUGCCUAAGCCUAUGGUUUAUGAAGAACAGAUAGCAAGGAAUUUAGAAAUGAUUUGUGUAUAUCUUUGGAAGAGGAGAUGUCUAAAUUAAAUGGAGAAAGGAGUAGUAGUGGGUUACUAAAUUUGAGGAGUUUGCAUAUAAACUUUAAACCCAGUCUGACUGUCUCUUGGUGGCAUCCGCCCUUCUCAGUGUUAAUUUAGGAAUUAAGUUCCAUUUGAAAUUUGUUAUUCCCCAAAUCCUUGCAUCAAAAUUCUGCCUUAUAGCUUAGAGUGGUUCUGACAGCUUGUAUGACCAAGAUCUUAGCAUAUUUAUGUGUGUGAUAGAAAUUUAGGGAUACCAAAAUGGCCCUCAGUCUCUUCCAGGACCUGAAAGAUGCCUGAAAUGUCAUCCUUUGGAUGAAAGUUUUGUGUGUCGAAAUGUAAACAAGCUUAAAGGUGGGGUAACAUGUUUAUUAGUCUUCUCAAUCAUUUACCUGUAAAUGUGAGUAAAUUUCAGAUCUUCUCUAAAGAGGCAGGUUUUGAUAGGGGAGAGCUCUCUACCCACUGGCUAUGGGUAGAAAAAGUAGAAAGUCUUUUACAAUAUGAGUUUAUGUUGGGCCAGAUCUGCAUGAUUUUACUCAUCUAUUAUCGUUGCCAUAUAUAUAAUUAGUACUCUAUUUUGGAUGUUCUGAACAGUCUAGCGUGCUGCAUAGUCCCCAAAAUCUUUCCACUUCUUGAUACAAAGUUCUUAUACAUCUUUUUGACCAGUGACCUAUCUUAUGGACUACCUGGGGAAAACAACAGUGAUCUUACUGCCUGUCGACAAGAAUUGGCACUGCUAAGAAAGAUUGCAAAAUCCUAGGGGAUGAUUUUCUCCAGAAACUCCCAAUAAUUACCUUACACAGACCAAGUCAUUGUCCUCAUUUUCUAGGUAAGGAUAGGAGUAGGGUUUGUAAAGGAACUCCAUUCAGAAAACUCACAACUCAAUGUUUCCAACCAUUGAUUCAAACUCAUUUCCUCUUUAAAAAAAAAAAAAAAAAACACUUGGAUAAAGAUCAGGAAGAGU